GAUUUUCGGAAAAUGAAAUUGUAGGUUUAACUGACACGUCGCAGCGGAAUAUUGAUCUUGAUUAACAUUGAUCAUGCAUUUUGCAAAGUUUUACAAUCAGAAUUUUUAGUUUUUACACUUCCUGGAAUGCUACAACCCGGUUAGCAGUACGUUGUACCAAAAAAUGGCAUCAUACUGUGACACUGGCAGCCCUAAUUUGUUGGUUGGAGCAAUAGAUUUUGGGACGACAUAUUCCGGAUGGGCAUACUCUUUCUAUCAUGACUUCAAACUUGAUCCUACAAAAGCGUUUGUUAAGCAGUGGCAUUCUGGUUCAGGAACGCUUGCAACUGAGAAAACACCGACUGUUAUUCUGAUACAACCAGAUGGAAAAACACUAGAAGCUUUCGGAUACGAAGCAGAAAACAGAUACAGGGAUCUCACCGACAUGGGAGAACAUCAUGAGUACUAUUACUUCCGAAAGUUCAAGAUGAUGUUGCAUAAACAGCUGUCGGAGAGACUCGAUCGCAGUGUUACAUUGGAAGAAGAAAUGGGAAAGACUUUAGCAGCCAUUGAUGUGUUUGCAAUGUCUAUAAAAUUUCUAGUUGAUGAUAUGCAUGAAGCGGCUAGGCUUCGGGUAUCUGGAAUAAUCGAGCGAUCUGAUGUCUACUGGGUACUAACGGUUCCUGCCAUUUGGACUGAUUCAGCGAAACAGUUCAUGAGGGAAGCUGCAGAAAAGGCUGGUAUUGCAAGAGAAAAAUUAAGCAUUGCCUUGGAACCAGAAGCCGCCUCGAUCUAUUGUAGACAUUUGCCGAUUGACAGAACAGUAGGGCACACAAAUGUUUCAAUUUCAUCUUUACCAGUUGGAACCAGUUACAUGAUUUUUGACGCCGGAGGAGGCACGAUUGAUAUAACCGUCCACGAGGUAAAUGACUCGGGAGGUGUAAAAGAAGUUACUGCAGCUAGCGGAGGAGGAUGGGGAGGAACACUCGUUGAUCAAGCAUUUGAAGAUUUACUUGAUGAUCUCGUUGGAAAAGAAGUCUAUCGGAAAUUCAAACUAGAGCAAACAGAAGAUUGGCUGGAGAUGAUGAGAGAGUUUGAAGUCAAGAAGAGAACAGUUCACCCUGAAAAGGAAGGAAGAAUAUUGAUGAAGUUUCCAGUUUCUCUCAGUAAGAUGUCUGAAAAGAAAAAUCAGCAUGAUUUGGAAGAAUUUAUUCGCGAUUCAGCAGAGUAUUCUGGUAAAGUCGAAUUCGUUUAUGAUAAAAUGAAGUUUACAGCAGAUGUCUUUAAGCAUCUGUUUCAAAAAUCUAACAGUAAAACCAUCCGACAUGUGAAAUCAAUUAUGGAGGAAAGUCCUGUAUAUAAUUUAAAAGCUAUUUUGAUGGUUGGGGGGUAUUCAGAAUCCCCGAUGCUACAACAUGCCGUGCGGAAUGCUUUUUCGUUUUUGGAAAUAAUUAUACCAAACGAAGCUUCCUCUGCUAUUCUUAGAGGAGCGUUGAUAUGCGGACAUCGCUCUGAAUUGAUCUCCGAACGCGUGCUGAAGUACACGUAUGGUGUGAAAUGUACUGUAGCAUUUAUAAAAGGAAAACACCCUGAAAGUAAACGUAUAUUUACUGACUCGGGUGUUAGGUGUGACAAAAUCUUUUCCAAACAUGUUGAAAAAGGACAGAUAGUAACUACUGGACAAGCUCAGGUGAAAAAGACUUACACGCCUUCAAACAUAGAUCAGCAUUUAUUAUGUGUUCAGUUAUAUGCGUCAAAGAUGAAAAAUCCCGAAUACACGGACACAGGUUGCUACUACAUUGGAUCAAUGACUGUAGAUACAAUUGUAGGCGGUCUAGAUUGCAAGGUAGAUGUGUCACUAACAUUCAGUGGUACAGAAAUCAAAGUAGAAUCAAAAGUCAGAAAAACGGGACAAAAAACAGAUGCAGUGAUAAACUUCCUUGGCUAGUGAUGACUGUUUCUUUUUUACUUGUUUCUAUGAACUUUAAAUCAUAGACAAACUGAAACUAUUUGUUAAUGAAAUUGUUAGCAAAUACCAACUAAAGCCCUGUUGAAAUAGAAUAACAAUGUAUAUGAGACUAAGAUGGUUUAUGUAACAAAGACAUUUAUUUUAAAUGUAACCCUUUCCAAAUAGAACAUAUUCCCUAUGACUUAUUGUUGAAUUUCAAAACACACUGGUUCAAUAAUAACUUAUCAGCAACAGUGAUAAGUUUAAAAAUAAGACAGAGGCUAGAAAGUUAAAUAUUCAACAUAAUGAAACCGAAAAGGAGCAUAUAAUGACUGGCCGUUUUUUUAAUUCUGACGAUUUCAUUUCAUACCCUCAUGUCCAAUACAUCAACUCGUAAUCCAGCUAUUGUCUACUCGGAACUGAUAAGGCAGGAUAAUCGUGCUCAAAACAUUAAAUUUCAUCGGGCUCUGAAUUCUGUCAUAUGCAGGAUAAAUGUAGAACGCAGACCAGCAUUCUUUUGUAAAUUUGAAACUAGGAUACACUAGGUAAGAUGACUAAUAAUUGAGAUUUACAUCAAGGAAUGGAGGCGGUAGUCAAAAAGAAGGUACCUAUGUUUAAAAAUAUGUUAUCAUGGACACAAAACCCCAUUUGCAGCUGAUGAUGAGAUUCAGGCGCCAUCAUCAAAGACUUUUCACAUUUUUUGUGCAAUGCAGUAUUAGUUCUAAAAUUCACCAGUGUAUAAUAAAAUACAAUUUUAGA